GGAAAUCUUUACUUUUGCUGUACUCUGAAAAUAAUUUGCUUCAGGCAAGAGAUUUUUGGGUGCUGCUGAAAUUUCGGAGAUCUGGGAAAACGGGGUAAUAACAUGACACCAGCUCUUAAGCAGCAACAUCUGCUGUGGUUCAAAGCCACACAAAGAAAGCUACUUAAGCAGUUGCAUGUUUUGGACUGCACGGACACGUGUGGUUCAACUGCAAAGACUGCAGAAUAGAGGAAACUCAGAGCUUAGAGACAGCGCUCAACAAUGGAGUCGUGGAAGAUGAGCAUCUUUAAAAGACAAACAUCACCUUGUCCUCCAAGCUACGGAAGAUCUUUGUCAGAACCUGCUUGUGCAAAUUCGGAGAUAGGAACAAGUUUAAGGAGUUAUCCAUGGUGUGGUCCGGUGAAAAGCAAGAGGAAGAAAAACGAACAUGCUGUUUCCAAUCUAGGAAAGCCACUGGGUGCUUAUCGGUGGCAAACUCAUCCCAGCUUCAGGUGGAAAGGGGGCAAAAGGGAUAGUAUGCAAGAUGAUAAAGGAGACUUGGAUGAACCACAGCAAAAGGUCCUGCCAGAGAUGGUUGGUAAUGCUGCUGCUGCUGUUGCUGCUGCUGCUAAUGAGGCCCUUGGAACAUCAACAGAGAAGCUGAAUCUGGCCAGCACCAGGUCACUUCGGGCCCCAUUCACCAGAUCUCUUUCUGAGCCAGAAGCCCACUGCAGUACCAGGUUUGUUAGACCAUGGCUGACGUCAGCGAGAUCAGUGGAGUCAGAGCAGCAGGGAUAUCUCAUCCGUGGCAUUUUCUCAACUCUUUCCAAUGGCUUCUCCAGGAUGUUGAGUCUAAAAGGAGAAUCAACCAAUGAGCCAGCAAGAGAAGAUGUGAAAGGGCCACCUACCCACCGCCUGUCUUGUGGCCAGUCACCCUACACUGAGACGACAACAUGGGAGCGGAAGUAUUGCAUCCUCACAGACAGCCAGCUGGUGUUGCUCAACAAGGAGAAGGAGAUACCUGUGGAGGGAGGCCAGGAGCAGCCGACAGAUCCCACCAAGGGGCGAUGCCUGAGGAGAACUGUCAGCGUCCCUUCCGAGGGUCAGUUUCCUGAGUACCCACCAGAGGGCGCCGCUAAACUGGAGGUGCCGGCAGAAAGGUCCCCCCGCAGACGGAGUAUCUCAGGGACCAGCACAUCAGAGAAACCCAACUCCAUGGACACUGCGAAUACCUCACCCUUCAAAGUCCCAGGGUUCUUCAGCAAGCGCCUGAAAGGCUCCAUCAAGAGGACCAAAAGCCAAUCAAAACUUGACAGAAACACGAGCUUUCGGCUUCCAUCCCUUCGCAAUACAGAUGACAGGUCUCGCGGACUGCCUAAACUGAAGGAGUCCCGCUCCCACGAAUCCUUGCUGAGCCCAUGCAGUGCAGUGGAAUGUUUGGACCUUGGAAGAGGGGAGCCCGUAUCAGUGAAACCGCUGCAUAGUAGCAUCCUUGGCCAGGACUUCUGCUUCGAGGUUACCUAUUUAAGUGGAAGUAAAUGCUUCAGCUGUAACUCUGCUUCAGAGAGAGAUAAGUGGAUGGAAAACCUUCGCAGGACAGUUCAACCAAAUAAGGACAAUUGCCGACGAGCUGAAAAUGUUCUCCGUUUAUGGAUCAUUGAAGCCAAGGACCUCGCCCCUAAAAAGAAAUAUUUCUGUGAACUGUGCCUUGACGAUACCCUCUUUGCUCGUACAACCAGCAAGACCAAAGCAGAUAAUAUUUUCUGGGGUGAACAUUUUGAAUUCUACAGCCUUCCUCCUCUUCAUAGCAUCACAGUUCACAUUUAUAAAGAUGUGGAAAAAAAGAAAAAAAAAGACAAGAAUAAUUACGUAGGGCUAGUCAACAUCCCCACUGCUAGUGUGACUGGUCGCCAAUUUGUAGAAAAGUGGUAUCCAGUGAGUACCCCUACCCCCAACAAAGGAAAGACAGGAGGACCGUCUAUUCGCAUUAAAUCACGUUUCCAAACUAUCACCAUUCUGCCUAUGGAGCAAUACAAAGAAUUUGCAGAAUUUGUCACCAGCAACUACACCAUGCUGUGUUCUGUCCUUGAGCCAGUGAUUAGUGUGAGAAAUAAAGAGGAGUUGGCUUGUGCCUUAGUGCACAUUCUUCAAAGUACCGGCAGAGCCAAGGAUUUUCUGACCGAUUUGGUGAUGUCUGAGGUGGAUCGUUGUGGAGAGCAUGAUGUCUUGAUCUUCAGAGAGAACACCAUUGCCACCAAGUCCAUUGAGGAAUACCUCAAGUUGGUGGGACAGCAGUAUCUUCAUGAUGCCUUGGGGGAGUUCAUCAAAGCUUUGUAUGAGUCAGAUGAGAACUGUGAAGUGGAUCCCAGCAAAUGCUCAUCUAGUGAGCUGACAGACCACCAGAGCAACCUGAAAAUGUGCUGUGAGCUGGCUUUCUGCAAGAUCAUCAACUCCUACUGCGUUUUCCCUCGUGAGUUGAAAGAAGUGUUUGCAUCAUGGAAGCAUCAGUGCCUGAACCGCGGCAAGCAAGACAUCAGCGAGCGGCUCAUCAGCGCCUCAUUGUUUCUCCGGUUCCUGUGCCCAGCCAUUAUGUCGCCCAGUCUUUUCAACCUUAUGCAGGAGUAUCCGGAUGACCGCACUUCUCGGACCCUGACCCUCAUUGCCAAGGUCAUUCAGAACCUGGCGAACUUUGCCAAAUUUGGUAACAAAGAAGAAUACAUGGCAUUCAUGAAUGACUUUUUAGAACAUGAAUGGGGUGGAAUGAAGCGCUUUCUUUUGGAGAUCUCGAAUCCCGACACCAUCUCCAACACGCCAGGCUUUGAUGGUUACAUUGACCUGGGCCGCGAGCUUUCAGUUUUGCAUUCCUUACUGUGGGAAGUAGUUUCCCAACUUGAUAAGGGUGAAAAUUCCUUCCUACAGGCGACCGUGGCAAAACUGGGACCUCUCCCACGUGUUCUCGCUGAUAUUACCAAGUCUCUGACUAACCCUACGCCAAUACAGCAGCAACUGAGACGCUUCACUGAGCAUAACUCCAGCCCCAAUGUCAGUGGAAGCCUCUCCUCCGGGCUGCAGAAAAUAUUUGAAGAUCCCACUGACAGUGAUUUGCACAAGCUCAAGUCUCCAAGCCAGGACAACACAGAUGGCUAUUUCAGAGGGAAGACGUUACUGCUGGUUCAGCAAACCUCCUCCCAGAGCAUGACCUAUUCUGAGAAGGAUGACAAGGAAGGCAGCCUUCCCAAUGGUCGCAGCGUCUCCCUCAUGGACCUCCAGGACACUCAUGCUGCCCAGGUGGAACCUGCCUCCGUCAUGCUCGAUGUGCCUCUGCGCUUGACCGGGAGCCAGCUUUCCAUAACCCAGGUGGCCAGCAUCAAACAGCUGCGGGAAGCCCAGAGCACCCCGCAGAGCGCUCCCCAAGUGAGAAGGCCCCUGCACCCAGCCUUGAACCAGCCGGGCGGCCUGCAGCCCCUGUCCUUCCAGAACCCCGUCUAUCACCUCAGUAACCCAAUCCCUGUAAUGCCAAAGGCCUCUGUGGAUUCCAGCUUGGAGAACCUAAGCACUGCCAGUUCCAGGAGCCAAAGUAACAGUGAAGACUUCAAGCUCAGUGGACCCAGCAAUAGCAGCAUGGAAGACUUCACCAGACGUAGCACUCAGAGUGAGGACUUCUCCAGGCGGCACACUGUGCCCGACAGACACAUACCUCUUGCUCUGCCACGGCAAAAUAGCACUGGGCAGGCCCAGAUCCGAAAGAUGGACCAGGCCGGGCUGGGUGCCCGCGCCAAAGCCGCGCCGUCCCUGCCGCACAGCUCCUCCCUGCGGAGCACAGGGAGCAUGUCGGUGACAUCUGCAGCCCUGGUGGCCGAGCCUGUGCAGAACGGGAGCCGGUCCCGCCAGCAGUCCUCUUCCUCCAGGGAGAGUCCUGUCCCCAAAGUGAGAGCCAUCCAGAGACAGCAGACGCAGCAGGUAGGGGUUCAAUCACCUGUGGACUCUGCCACAAUGUCCCCGGUAGAGAGGACAGCAGCCUGGGUUCUGAACAAUGGGCAGUACGAAGAGGAUGUGGAAGAAACGGAGCAAAAUCCCGAUGACGCCAAGCACGCUGAGAAGUACGAACAGGAGAUCACCAAGCUGAAGGAGCGCCUGCGCGUGUCCAGCCGGCGGCUGGAGGAGUAUGAGCGCCGGCUGCUGGUGCAGGAGCAGCAGAUGCAGAAGCUGCUGCUGGAGUACAAGGCGCGCCUGGAGGACAGCGAGGAGAGGCUGCGCCGGCAGCAGGAGGAGAAGGACAGCCAGAUGAAGAGCAUCAUCAGCAGGCUAAUGGCCGUGGAAGAGGAACUGAAGAAGGAUCAUGCUGAGAUGCAAGCAGUUAUUGAUGCGAAGCAGAAAAUAAUCGAUGCACAGGUCAUAAAUGGAGAUGAGAUUAUUCAAACAGGCAAGUAAACCCUGUCGCUCUCUAGCCGAGCAGCUCCCAGCCCUGGCCCGGCGCACUGGCCUCCUACACAUUCCAGCUCCUUCACUCCCCGCCCUUGACCUCCCUCCUGUCAGGCAAGGGACUCGAUGGCUUUGCCUUCCAAUCCAGGCAGAAUCGAAAUGUCAGACAGAGCAUCUUUUGCCAACUGAACUUGACUUUCAAAAGUCCCUAUUUGAUUUUUUUUUCUUUUACUUUUUGUUUUAUUUUGAGAGAUUGGCAGUGAGGGGAAUUACAAAAGGGAGUUUCUCCACUUGGAAACUUUCAGCUGUUGGGCGGUAGGCGGCAGGGGAGGGGGGUGCUUGCCUUCAGGUGUUACUCUGGUAGUCAGUAAAUAAUUACAAUCACUCAGCCUUCUUUUUGACCCUUUAAGAAUCAAAUAAUUUUUCAUGAAUGCCUUU